CAGCCUCCUCUCCGCACACCCCACUAAGCCUAAUUUAGAAGUGCCGAAUGGGGUGUCGGGGCCCGCCUGCAGCCUGAUAUUUCAGGAUUUCAACCACCCUCCUCAUCCAUCAGUAAUGCCUCAAAACUGUUUCCUGAUGAACAAUUACUUAAUGCCAUCGGGAAUGGAAUAUAGCAUACUGCGCACCUGCCAAGUCAUUUGGGAUUCAGCCAAUGCUCGGUUAUCGCCAUGUGCAGUCGGAUACUUUACCCUCCUCCCGGCGGCUGUCAUCUCCAGCGCCUGGCUAAGCUAUGGACUACGGCAACUGUCAUUUGUACAGCGGCCGAGAUGGGCUAGACCAUUUGUGCAAGAGCUCCCGCCCAGUCCCGAGAUUCCUCUAGAUCAGACGAAACAUCGUCUGGGCUGGGUCAUAGCUCUCUUGGCAAUAUCUAUACUUGGGUCGGCUGCUGAGUUGAGCAAGGUCAUUCUCGAUGGGCCUAAUCUGGCUAAUUGUACUUUGCUUUCUUCGUGGGUAAGUAGAUACUCAUUUUAGAACGGAUGGGGCCUAAUGUGUAUCAAGAUUUCCACUGCACUUCUCGCUGCUACUGAGCGGCCGAGAACAUGCCCGAAGCUGCUUCUGGUAUACUACAUGACUGCAGGCAUUAUGGAGGUUGCCUUCAUUGCCAAUUACGAUGCCUACUUCAUCUCGAAUUUGUUCACCUACCAGCUCGCUGCUGGGGCCUCUCUAUUGGGCUGCGCGGUCACUCUCAUCAUGCCGCUUCGCCCGGCCUCGCUCCCUCGUAUUGAAAUCAGCGCAGUGGGCCAGCAGCCAUCCAGUGACUUCCGAAGCCCUGAAGAUAACCUAAAGCUGUGGCAAUUUUUCAGUGUCUCUUGGAUGGCGCCACUGAUGUCCAUAGGCAAGGAGCGAAAGUUAGAGGAGAGUGACGUUUGGUUCCUAGGGUUCGAAUUCCAGCAUAAAAGGCUUCAUGAGAAGUUUCGUCAACUGCAGGGGAGUGUCAUUGGCCGCCUUCUCAAGGCAAACGGCAUUGAUAUCCUUAUUAUUAGCACGAUUUCGAUCGUGCAAAUGAUCUGCGAAUUCUCUGCGCCCUUGCUCCUUCAGCAGCUGUUACAGGCAAUGAAAGACGAAAACAGGUCCAAUCGCGUCGCCUUGGUUUAUGCAUCUCUGACACUGGCGCUUGGGCUGGUAGCCGCACAGUCCCAGGUCUUCAAUCUCUGGUAUGGCAGACGAUGCUACGAGCGCAGCCGGGGUGAGAUGAUGAUGAUGGUAUACGAGAAAGCGCUUUUGAGGAAAAAUGUAUUCGACCAACGUGCCGAAGAAAAUGGUGAUGAAACCGAACCACAAGAGGAGGAGAUUGUGGACGAUCUUCCCAAGAAAAAGUCUGGUCUCUGGAGCUUCCUUGCCUUUGACCGAGGAAACCGUAAGGACAAGGUCAGAACAGCUGUUUCUAUGGGCAAAAUCUUCAAUAUACUCCGCGGUGACGUGUAUGAGGUUGCUCAACGGUUCUGGGAGAUUGACUCUUUGAUUAGCAAGCCAAUUGGUCUGGUGAUAGCCAUAACCCUCGUCUGGAAAGUACUGGGCCCUUCAUGCUUCUUGGGAGUCCUAGCGGUUCUGGUUGCGCAGUUGAUAAAUGUGUUUAUCACACGCGCGCUGCUUCGGAGAGAACGUGGGCGCAGACAGGCGACUGAUACUAGGCUUCAAGUCUCGUCUCAGUUUGUGGAGGCUCUCCGCCAUCUACGUUGGUACGGGUGGCAGAACCACUGGCUUCGCCAGGUUAUGGAGGCGCGGGAGGCCGAGCUGAAACUCCGUGUGGUUACAAGACUCUGGAGUCUUGGUAUCAUCAUCGUCAAUAUGCUCGCUAGCGGCCUGUUUCCGGUGGUAGCUCUUUACGCCUAUACUCUCUUGGCCGGACAUCCGUUGAGCGUUGAUAUCAUAUUUCCCGCCCUGCAGCUAUUCACCAUGCUGGAAUCCCGACUCAGAGAAAUCCCCAGCUUGAUCACUGUAUUAAUCAACGCUUCUAUUGCUAUGGAGCGUAUUGAGGACUUCAUGGCUGAGCCGGAUAAAGAAACCAGGAAUAUCGCACCAUCUCUCGACGAUGCCCCGCUACAGCUGGAGAGUUGUUCUUUUGCAUGGCCUGGCAAAUCUUCCCUUGUUCUGUCAGACAUUGACCUAAAGAUCUCGCAAGGCCUUACUGUUGUACACGGCAAGGUCGGUGCUGGAAAGACAGCACUACUUCAAGCGCUUCUGGGCGAAUUGGAUAAGAAACAGGGCACCUCUUGCAUCUCAAAUGAGAUGAUCGGGUACUGUGCACAGACACCCUGGUUGCAGAGCAUGAGUAUUCGAGACAAUAUUCUAUUUACCUCUCCUUAUGACGAGCAGCGCUACAAACGUGUCCUGGACGCCUGUGCUCUCCUGCCGGAUCUUUCAAACUUCAAGCAUGGCGACUUGUCCUUCGUGGGAGAGAACGGAAUUGGUCUUUCUGGGGGUCAGAAGGCGCGCGUUGCCUUGGCAAGGGCAGUUUACAGUACCUCCAGAAUCUUACUGCUUGAUGACCCUUUGUCAGCACUUGAUCAUAAUACCGCCGAGUCUGUCGUUCAAAAGUGCCUUAUGGGUCCUCUGAUGGAGGGCCGUGUUGUUGUUCUCGUAACACACCGAAUUCAUCUCUUUCGCCACUUAGCGGAUCAGAUUAUCCUUAUACAGGAUGGUAGGGCACAAGUGGAAGGAAGAUCGUCUGCAUCGUCGGCUACCGGUGACCAGAUCAAUGACUCUCCCAAAGGAGGUUUAAGCGAUGGUGAGGCGACGGACGAGGCAGAGCUUGAAGAUCACUCGGCCGCCGUGCCAACCAAGUUUGUCGAAGACGAACACCGAGCAGAAUGGGGCGUGAAAGCUGCAGUUUACUGGAAUUACGUCAAGGCCGGAAAAUACCGAUGGUGGUGUGCUUUAGUGGUCGUCAUCACGAUAUACCGGCUGUCGACAGUUGCACAGACUUGGUUCCUCAAGGAGUGGGGAGAGGCUUAUAACGAAACUAUUCAUGUUUUCGGACAGUCUGGCUCUGGAAAGACGAUCUUCUUGAGUCCCUCGACAGCAUUUUCAACAGUACAAGGGCUAACGGAUUGGUCUCCUAAGAACCCCCUCGAUGGUCUUCCUGCUCCCAUCGAGAACGUGCGGCCAUGGCUACUGGCUUUCCUCGGCAUUAUAACAUUUCAAGCCCUCGCCAUGCUAGUCGCUCGUCUGUUUAUGCUUGUUAUCGUGUACUGCGCUGGAAAGAAGCUUUUCCAAGAGGUGAUGAUUGGAGUCAGCCAUGCUACGUUCCGCUUCUUUGAUGUUACUCCUGUUGGGCGGUUGAUGAAUCGAUUGACAUCGGAUAUCGGAGUAGUAGACGGCGAUAUUAGCGAGCAGUUUCAACUCAUCGCAUUCCUGGUCAUUACCUGGGUAUCCUCGAUUGCCGUCAUCGCCUCGGUGACGCCAGUCUUCCUCGCCUUCUCCUUCUUGCUCACCGGUGCCUUCAUCUUCACCUUCCUCCACUUCCUGCCAACAUCGCAAAGUCUCCGACGACUAGAAAUGGUUUCACUCAGUCCACUAAUCUCCAACUUCGGCGAGCUCUUACACGGCCUGACAACCGUCCGCGCCUUCCACGCAGAGCCCCGCUUCCAAGACCGCGUCAUCGCAGUCGUCGACAAGUUCCAGGGCAUGGAUCACUUCUACUGGUCGUUACAGAGCUGGCUCUCCUACCGCUUCGAAGGCCUUUCCGCGCUCUCCACCUUCUGCCUAACCGUGUUAGCCCUCUACACCGACGUAACGCCCGGCCUCGCCGCCUUCGUCCUUAUCUCAGCCAACAGUUUCGUCGCAGCAACCCACGGCCUUUGCCGCACCUAUGGUCAGCUCCAAAUGGACUUCGUCUCCGUCGAGCGCGUCGACGAACUGUUGCACGUCGAACAAGAACCAGCCGGCACAAUCGACCCGCCAGCCGCGUGGCCGAAAUUCGGCGGCGACAUUGUCUUCGAGGACGUUUGCAUUCGCUACGCGCCCCAUCUGGACCCAUCGCUGAACAACAUAUCCCUCCGAAUCCCAGGGGGCUCAACGACAGCGUUAAUUGGUCGGACAGGGAGCGGGAAGUCCACACUCGCCGUCUCCCUCCUCAGCGCUAUCCAGCCUGAAUCCGGCCGCAUCCUCAUCGACGACAUUGACAUCGCCGAGGUCGAUAAGCAAGCGCUCCGCACACGGGUGACAUUCGUCGCGCAGGACCCGGUUCUCUUCCCCGGCUCGAUCAGGCAUAACCUCGACCCGACGGAGGAGUACUCGGACGAGGAAUGCACCGAGGUGCUGCGGCGGAUCUGUGCAAAGCGUGGCUGGGCGCUUAGCACACAUGUUGAUGCCGGUGGGCGGAAUCUGAGCCAGGGCGAGAGGCAGCUGAUUGGGCUCGCGAGGGCGGUGCUGCGGCGGAGCUCGAUUGUUAUCCUGGAUGAGGCGACGGCGUCGAUUGACCAUGAGAGUUCGUUGGAGAUUCAGCAGGUGCUUAGGGAGGAGAUGAGGGAGUCGACUGUUGUUACUAUUGCGCAUAGACUGGAGGCGAUUAAGGAUGCGGAUUAUUUCGUUGAGUUGGAGGGGGGCAGGGUUGCGAGGGCAGGGUAUGUGAGAGAUAUGUAGAGGGUUGAUUGCGGGAUAACGAAGAGGAUACAGUAGAAAAAUUGUUUCUGGAUUGCGAAAGAAUUAGAUACAGCCAUUCAUUGAAAUACUCAUACAGAUCGUAUCCAGAGAUAAGAUGCCCAGACGACAAAUCACAGCCCUAAAUGCAGUAGAAAACGACACUCAUUGACACCACCAAAACCCAAACGCACUCCAUAGACCAUCUUUCACUGGCCAGAGCCGUCGAGCUAUUAGAAGUCUUAUUUACAGGCACC